UGCACUGUUUAGGCAUACUUCCGUUCUGGAACAUUGGAAAGCGUGAAUAAAAUCGUGUCCUUUUACGCGCUUCUAAUGCAAAAGGGGCUGAGCCCAUCGCGCAGGGCCGUAUGACCAGCGUGGAAAUUGAAUUUGAUAUAGUUUCUAAAACUCUAAAAUUGGUUUCUUAUCACAAAAUGGUGAGGCGCAUAGCCUUAGAAGCUUCGGUAAGCCCUUAUCAAAUAACUCAGGUCAGUUACAUUUCUAUCAGAAGUCCUGGCCGUUCCAAACUCAGGAGGCCGAUUGUCAUAUAUCCUAUGCAGUUACCAGGGGAACAGAGCCGAAGCCGCUUAACAAAUCGGGAGUCUGAGCUGUAACACAAUAUUUAUCGUUCACAUGUGUCUCAUAUCUGUACGGCGUUUUUACACAAGUAUUGCGCUUAAUGGAAACACCUGCGUUU